AUGGCGGAAGGCUUAGGUCAAGUGUUCGAAGGAAAGUUCGGAGUACGCGAUGUUGAAACAAAAAUAGUUCGAGUACAUCGUGUCCACAAAAAUAAAGAAGAAGAAGCUUUGCUAAAGUUAAAUCACCCAAACAUCAUCAAACUUCUCCAAUGUGGAAGUGACGAUGAGUAUAUGUACUAUGGAUUGGACCCAUGUUUGGCCACCUUAGAUCAACUAUUCUUGAAGUCGAAUGAUGCAAGAAAAUACAAGGGACAUAUGCCACAUCAUAUCGAUGGUUUGCUUCAAUUAGCUUCUGGUCUCGGAUACCUCCAUUCAAAUAAUUUAGUUCACAGAGACAUCAUACCAGUAAAUGUCCUAAUAGUGGUGGGAGCUGCUAACCAAGAUGAGGUUACCCUCAAAUGGACAAAUUUUGGACUGAUCAGAAGUAUCAGUGAACCAAAGCAAAACAGUCCCAUCAGAAGAAAUAGGGCAUGGUUAGCACCCGAGUUGCUUCAAGUGACAAGACAUGAAGGAAAUGUAGAUGAAAUCAGUUAUCCAGAAAGUGCCGAGAGCGACGUUUUUGCACUGGGACUUGUUUUCGGUUGUCUAUUGUUGAACGGCGAACAUCUCUACGGUUCCACCGAAAAUGAAAUUGCCGACAACAUAGUUAAAGGAAAUCCCAUCAACAUGCAAAAAAUGGAUGGCAAAUUACGCGGCUGUUACGGGAAUGAGCUAUUGGCACAAAUGUUGAGAAACGACCCCAAUGAAAGAAUAACAUCAAAAGAAGUAGUCGUUCAAUUACACUCGAUCAAGAAUAAGGUAAAAAUGAAUUUAAGUCGAACAAUCACAUUAAACACAUGCCAAUGUUUUCAAUUUAGCUCACUGGAAAAGAAAAAGAAUUGCUUGAAUUGUGUGGGCGUGAUUCGCGAUUGGAUCUAA